AUGGCGGAGCGCGCCGGCGGUGGCACAUCCUUGAGGGGACUGCGCGAACGGAUGGUUGCUGCUGCUAAUGCCAUUGCUGAAGAAAGACGAAGUCAAGGUAGCUUUAGUUCUGUGCCUUCACAGCUUUCAAAUAUAAAAUCACCAUUUAAGCCAGUAAUAGAUGGCUCUGUGCUUAAAAAUGACAUAAAACAAAGAUUAGCAAAGGAGCGGAGAGAAGAGAAAAAAAGACAAGAUGAUGCUAAUAGAGAGACACAACUACUUGAAAAAGAAAGAAAGUCUAAGAUCGUAUAUGAGAAACAGAUGGAAGAGAAACAGCGAAAGCUGAGGGAACAGAAAGAAAAAGAUGAACAACGGAGAAUAUCUGCAGAAAAAAAGAGAAGCGAAAUGCUAGAGGAAGAAAGGGAGAAAGUCAAAGCCGUCCUUCAUCGUACACUGGAGAGGAGCAGCCACAUUAGCCGCUCAAAAAGAUGGUCAUGGGAGGGCUGUACAACAAUCAAUUCCCAAAAUAAGACUGUCAAUAAACAUUCUACAUCUACUGAAAAGCUUGAGCAGGGGACUUGUGGAUCACGCAAACAAAUGUCAUCUACUGGUCUUCAAAAUUCUGUUGCCAAGAAAACACAAGAAAAAAGGCGAAGUUCAUCUUUGAAUAGAAGAUGUAGCAGACUGCCUUCAUCUACAGAAACAGAACAAGAGGAAGAAAAACGACCUGGCAUCCACAAUAUAAUCCAAUAUGUAAACAUGCCCCUGCUUAGGCUUAGCGGUGAUGAAUUGAAGAGUCCCAUAGUGCCUCGCAAGUCAACAGCGAUGAUGCCUUUCCAGGAGAAAGUAGAAAUACCUUCCAAGACUAGUGUGGGAGUGGCCCACAAGGCGAGUGUGGAAGUGCUCCCUGAAGUGAGCGUUGAAGCACUCACCAAGGCAAGCUUGGAUGAAUCCCCCCAGGUGAACAUGGAAGCACCCCCUGUAGAGAGCGUGGAAGCAUUCCCAGAGGAGAGCAUGAAAGAACACCCCAAGGUGAGUGUGGAAACACUCCUGGAGGCGAGCAUGAAAGAACACUCUGAGGUGAACGUGGAAGCACUCACGGAGGAGAGCAUGAAAGAACACCCUGUGGUGAAUGUGGAAGCACUCGUGGAGGAGAACAUGAAAGAACACCCUGUGGUGAAUGUGGAAGCACUCGUGGAGGAGAACAUGAAAGAACAUCCCAAGGUGAGUGUGGAAACACUCCUGGAGGCGAGCAUGAAAGAACACUCUGAGGUGAACGUGGAAGCACUCGCAGAGGAGAGCAUGAAAGAACACCCUGCAGUGAAUGUGGAAGCACUGGCGGAGGAGAACAUGAAAGAACACCCCGCGGUGAGUGUGGAAACACUCCUGGAGGCGAGCAUGAAAGAACACUCUGAGGUGAACGUGGAAGCACUCGCGGAAGAGAGCAUGAAAGAACACCCUGUGGUGAAUGUGGAAGCACUCGCAGAGGAGAGCAUGAACGAACACCCCGAGGUGAGUGUGGAAACACUCCUGGAGGCGAGCAUGAAAGAACACCCCAAGGUGAGUGUGGAUGCGCUCCCAGAGGUAAGCACAGAAGAACACCCCAAGGUGAGCAUGGAAGCACUAGCAGAAGUGAACAUGGAAGGACCCUCUGUGAAUGUGGAAACAUCACCUGAGACAAGUGAGGACCUAUCCCAUGAAGCACAUGUGGACUCAUCCCCAGAUGUGAGUGUGAACCCAUCUCCGGAGGUGAGUAUAGACUCACCCCAGGAGGUGAGCACGGAAGCAUCAUCUGAGGCUAGUGUGGACAUAUCUCCCGAGGCGAGCAUGGAAACACUCCCCGAGGAGAGUGUGGAAACAUCCCCCGAGGAGAGUGUAGAAGCAUUCUCAGAGAUAAGCAUGGCUGCACUCCCAGAGGAGAGUGUGGAGGUGCUCCCCAAGGAAAGCACGAAAGGGCCUUCUGAGGCAAGUGUAGAGGCGCCCCUGGAGACCUCCCCUGAGGUGACCAUGGAAAUAUCUUCCAAGAAAUCAGAAAUGGACGAACAGCCCUCAAAUCCUAUUACCAAGAAGCGCAUACCACCAUCGCAGAUACCGUGUUACAGAUGGUCGUCAUCUCCUACAAGAAGGUGGCGUCCACCAUCUCCCAUCAGUACUAGCAGGCAAAUUCAAAAGAAUUGCCCCCUAUCACCUUCACCUGGCAUGUCAAAACAAUCGACACAGUUUUGUUUUUCCUAUAAAGUAACUCCUAUGCAGCGUACUGUACUUGCACAAAAUGCAUUAGGUACUAUGGGAAUAAAAAGCAAAGCCGGUUCUAACACCAUUAACAACUCUGAGACUGCAAGCCAAAAGGAUAUGAUCUGUGAAGAAUCUGGUAAUAAAGGCACACCAGGACCUAAGAAUGCUGAGGAGGCAACAAAGAUUUUGGCAGAAAAACGACGCCUUGCUCGUGAGCAAAAAGAAAAAGAAGAAAGACUACAAAAAGAGAUGGAACAAAGGAAAAUGAAAGAUGUAGCAAAGAAAGUGGAUGAAGGUCAAGAAGACAAAUUUUCAAAAUUUGGAGAUGGGCAACAACCAAAGGAGAUGAAGAAGAGAGAAAGUCAGGAACAAGAAGACCAAAAAGUAGAACUCCAGAAAAGUGACGCCAAAAUAAAAGCUCAGGAGGAGGCUGACAAACGCAAGAAGGAGCAUGAGAGGAUUAUGUUACAGAAUCUGCAAGAGAGAUUAGAAAGAAAAAAGAGAAUUGAGGAAAUUAUGAAGCGGACGAGAAAGCCAGAUUCAAAUGCCUCAAAGGCUGCAGAAACAUUGAGUGGUGAUGCGUAUGAGGAGGAUGAGGCAGAUGAUGAGGACGAAUCAGAAAGUGACAAUGAUUCCUUUGAUAACAUGCAUCCAUCAGCUACUAUAAAUGGCAUGGAUUCAUCCCCAAAACCAAAAACAUAUGUUAAAAAUGUGAGGAACACUAACAAGUUUUUAGAUGUGACUUCUAGCCAGAUCCAUAAAGAAGAGACAAAAGUAUUUUUAAAUACUGACAUGAAAACCUUCAGACAAAAAACAGUGAAAGACCCUUUGAAUCAGACAAAGAGUACCAGAUCCUCCACCAAAAGACCAACCAACCGAGCAGCAAAAACUGGAAAGGUGGAAACCAGCAGCACCAUGGGACCUUCCAAGAGUUCACAUUCAGAGGUACAGAAGUGGAUGUGUGACCAAAUUAUCGACUUCUCAAGAGAGACAGAACCACCUGUGUCUAGUUUCCCUCCUGAGAGCCCAGAACACCAGCCGAGAGGCUCUGUGACAUCCUGCUCGAGUCACCAGCCACCUAUAGACAACAAAAACAGAAGCAAAUCUGUGCCUGCUCCAUCAGAUAUGUAA